GGAUUCAGAAAUGUACAUAAUCUGGUUCAUCAUUCUCUAAUCUUUCGUUCAUUUAUUUUAUCUUGGACACAUCUAGUUUACUCUCCAAAGUUAAUUUUUUAACAAACCACUGUAAUUGUUUAAUGACACGAAGAUAUAGAUAUCCUAACAAUAAAGUGUUUGUCCCACCACCAACACCUAACAUUGCUUUCCUAUCCCCCCACUAUUCAUUUCAGAUACACUCUUUCGUUGGGACAAUUUUACUUACAGUUCAACCGCCGUAUGAGAUUAUUCCAUAAAUUAUAUCAUUGAGUAACGAGUUCAGGUUUUUUUUUCUUAUUGUAAUGGAUGAAUUAAAAAUUCGUGAAACACGGCGAGAAGAUUGUCAUGCACUUAGAGCUCUAAUUCAAAAACUAGCAGAUUUUGAAAAAAUGCCUGAUGGCCCAAAACUUGAUGCAAAAGACUUAGAAAGAGAUGGAUUUGGAAAGUAUCCAUUAUUUCACUCGUUUGUUGCUGAAAUUGAUAAUCAAUUAGUGGGAUAUACAAUAUAUUAUUAUACUUUCUCUACUUGGCGAGGCAAAUCAAUGUUUUUGGAUGAACUUUAUGUUUUGCCUUCCUAUCAGAAGAAACAUAUCGGCAGUUUACUUUUCGAAGCAGUUGUAAAGAAAGCUUCGGAUAGUGGGUGCUGUCGAUUGGAUUUUACUGUUUUAAAUUGGAACCCUGCAGUUGAUUUUUACAAAUUAAAAGGUGUCAUUGAUAUUACAGAAAGUGACAAAUGGCAUUUGUAUCGAUUGGAUGCGGAUGGCAUGAAGAAACUUUUAAAACUGGAGAAAGAAAACAGAAUGAAACACACAUUGCAAAACAAAUGGAGUUGUUAUGCGCUCGAUAGUUAUCUUUGGGAUGAAUAUAAUGCCCCAAUAAUCAAAAUAGCAAAAUUAUCAUUGAUUGAUUUAAAUGAAUGUGAACGCCGAGGAAUUUUGUCUGAUCAAAUAAUUGGAGCGUGUUCCAGUUUUUUUACAGUUCCUACAACCCAUCGUUAUAUUACAACUAAAUGUGAUUUAACAAAAUUGAAUUUGAUAGACAUCGCUGCUCUUCGAAAAUAUCAUUAUCUACAAUAUAUAGAUUUAACGCACAACAAUUUAUCAGAUUUAUCACCAUUAAGUGAAGUUCCUUGUCUGCUAUAUUUAAACGCAUCACACAAUAAUCUUGAAGACAUUUCAAAGUUUAGACCACCACGAUAUUUAACUUAUUUAAAUUUAUCUUACAAUAAUAUUACAUCGAUGAAAAGUUUAGAAGAUUUCUGGAGUAUUAUCAGUUUAGAUCUUUCGCAUAACUUUAUUAAGAAAAUUUCAAAACUGCAUAAUCUUAGAUAUUUAAAAUAUUUGAAUCUCUCGUACAAUGCCAUUGAGUAUGUUCAAAACUUGGAAUACUUGAAUAUUCAAGAAUUGAAUUUAGAGUUUAAUUGUGUGAAAAAAUUUAUAUUUACUGAUUUAGAUAAAAGGAAGAAUGCAUUUAUAAAUUUAAAAACUUUAUUAAUGGGUCAUAAUAAUAUAUCAUCUUUGAAAUUUUUUCGAAAUAUAUAUUGUUUGCGUCUUGUUGAUUUGAACUCCAACAAAAUAGUAGAUUUAAUGGAAAUAUCUCAUUUAAGUAGUUUAGUCUACGAAAUAGACUUGAGAGAUAAUCCAUGUACUAAGUGGCCAAACUACAAGGAAGUUGUUAUAUUUUCAAUGCCUAGUGUAAUUUUUAUUGAUGGGAUCGAAGUAACAGAUUCAGAAAGGGUUUCUGCAGCUAUUACAUUCAACCCACCGACAAAAUUAUUAGCAUCUCGUGGGCUUACUCAACUUACUUUAUUAGAACAAUUGAAUGUACCGAAAAUUGAUAACAGUGUAAUUUCUUAUGACGAACAGAACCCACCUUUGAUAAUACUUAAUGGACCAUCGGCUGUAAAAAAAUUAGCGUUAGGUCUGCACAUAUCAUCAGAAAAAUUUAAUAAAGUAAACUACUGUCGUAGCCAUACAACAAGAAAAAUUUCUAAUUAUGACAAUGAGAAGAAAGCCUAUUAUUUUGUUGAUAGAGAAGAAUUCAAUAGUAUAGCUCGAAAUGGAGAGUUUUUAACUAUCGAAGAACUUGUAGGUGAUAGUUAUGGAUUCCAUAGAAAUGAAAUUGCUGAAUUAAAAAAAAAAAACAAAAUUGGCAUUACACAGAUGGAUUUGUUAGCAGCAAUUCAAAUGAAAAUUCGAUGUCCACAAGUAAAAUUAAUACUGGUCCUUACUAAAAAUGAGGAGAUUCAUCGACAAUGGAUUGAAGAUAAAUUUCGAAUUUUUGAAUGGAUUAAAGACAGUAUUGAAAAUUUAUGGGCGUUGACAGCUAACAAACAGCAAUAUGUUAGCAAUGCAUGUUCGACAGCUAAUAAGAAUAAUGUCAUAUCGACUCUUAUCGAUGACAUUAAACGAGUUAAAAUGCAAAGUCAAGAAUGUUCUCAAAAAAAAGCUGCUGCAUCAUCUGGAGAAAAAUUCAAGUCUACUAAUAAUUCGUUCGAUAGAUCAUUACAAACCUACGAUAACAUUAAAGACCCUAAGAACCUUAUGAAUGAUUAUGUUGAGAGUAUUAUAAAUUCAAGACAAAUAUAUCUUGAUCAACAUUUAAAUAACCCAGGAUUUUAUUCAUUAGUGUUAUAUUCAGAUGAUUUCGAUAGGGCUGUUAAAUCAUUGAAACAUUUUAUUAAUGGUCAAUUCAGGCAUUUUUCAUUUGGGGAACCACGUCAGAGACCUGAAAUUGAUCACAUGAAACAUUUUACUUCUUCUACUACAAUUGAUGAAAUAAUUAACGAAUUAAGAAGAACGAAGAAAUUUAUGAAUAAUUAA